AUGACCCGAGGGCCAGUCUUGGCAUUCUACGCCAGUCCAGGCCGACCAAAUGAUUCACUACUAGGUUACCCAGCCGUGGACUUGGUCUCACGGUACGACGUACUCGGUCGCGCCGAGAACAUAUUGGAUACCUGGGGACCAGGGAGUUUGGUCUUCCGCGAGGAUACAGCAGGGCCUCCCGUUGCGAUCAAAAUCGGGGAUGGUUUUAUUUUUACACAUAGCACAAGUGGAAAGUUCCAUUGGGCUCAGGAAGUGAAGGAACCUGCACAAUUGAGAGGUAUUGAUCUUUCACACUCACUUGUGAUUGGCACAUUGGUUGUGCCAAAUGCAAGGUGCCAAAUUUCCGAGGCAGACUGUCGGAUGGCAUCUGCGGGUGCGUUGGGAUAUCUUGGAGCAAGCCGGUCUUCGUGGAAACGAUCACAGCGGCAGGUAGCCCUCCAGGGUGGCCAGUACAUCUCGGGACAAUUGACGGACACCUGGAGUAAACAAAAGGGCAUUCCAGUUAAAGAGGUGGCUUUAUCAAGUUUGCAACAUGGCCUCAUCGGAUACCUGGACGAGUACUGGGGUCUCCAGGUGAGUUAUUGUACUGGAGUAGCUCGGAGAGUUCCCCUACGACAACUCGUCGCAGACCUAUUGCCACAAUUUUUCAUUGACCCUGCUCUCCAAUGCGACCUUGAAUAUCGAUUGAGGGAUGUUCACAUGAAGCUCGGUGCAUUUCGCAGCUGGCUCGAGGAAUUAGAAAUUCGACCACGAACUCAAAUCUUGAACACAGUCCAAAAUAUUCUCCUUUCGCUUCGCCACACUGGAAUGGACGCCACAGAAAGAUACUUUUGCAUUGCCUGGCCGUGGGAUGGUGACACAUCACGCUACCUCGAGAUUCCUCUCGAGGGACAAAGCUCCUGGGCCAGAAUGCUUGCAGACUCACAUGAUUGUGCGACAUUUGCAUACAUCACAAUGGAAUGCCUUGAGACGACAAAUAUCCGGUGCAGGUGCAUUGCAUCUCGAACGGCUUAUCAAAAUACUAUUCAUUUGCUUGAAACAGCCGUUACAUGUCCCACACGAGUCUCUCCGGCCUGGAGCCUAAAGAAUGGGGAAGUCUAUUUCUUCUCUAAGCUAGACAGUAUGUUUUGGGUGAAGGUUGAGAGAGAAGAAGCAGCCCAAACAGCAGGCCUCGUUGAGUUGGCAACCAUAAUGUCGAUUCCUUACGAUAUGAAGCAGAGGCUCCAUAUGAGCGAAAAAAGAAAGCAACGAGCACGUCUACGCGAGCGCUCCACAUCAUUGGUUCAGGGUGAAGUAGUGUCUGUGUUUUCGAUGCGGCAAGGUCCUUAG